GCGUUGCAGGCGCCAACGCCAAAGGGGGCGAAGGUCGAAAGCCAGCAGCCAGCGAAAGGCAAAAGCGAAAAGCUAAGCGGCAGACGGGCAGACUCCUAAAGCAACAAAAACAAAACGAAAUUAUAUUAAAAAACAAAAGCGUCAAACAAAAACAAGAGCACAAAAUACACAAUUUAGGAAAUUUCUCUUUAUUCGUUUCAAGAAAUAAGAAGUAAAUUCAGCGACCAAAGCGGACCAAAGAUUUUCUUUGUGUGCAUAAAGGGACCUCCAAUUACAUAAUUUAGAACGCUUAAUUGGCCAACAUGGACAACAGCGAGAGUGGUGAUGAAGUUGCUGCAUUUAUGCAUACCGCUGAGGGAACGUACAUUACAGCAGAUGAUGAAGGUGACCACGUCCUGGCUGAAAAUUCUGAUGAUUCGGCUCAUGAUGACACAGAUGAUAUGAAAGGACCUGGACAGCCACUUCGAGAGCAAGACAGAUUUUUACCAAUAGCUAACGUCGCGAAAAUUAUGAAGAGAGCUAUUCCUGAAACUGGGAAGAUUGCCAAGGAUGCGCGAGAGUGUGUUCAAGAGUGUGUGUCAGAGUUCAUCAGCUUUAUCACAAGUGAGGCCAGUGAUCGGUGUCACAUGGAAAAGAGGAAAACCAUCAAUGGAGAGGACAUUCUUUUUGCCAUGACCAACCUUGGAUUCGAUAACUAUGUCGACCCCCUCAAAUUGUACUUACAGAAAUAUAGAGAGACUACAAAAGGAAAUGAUAAAGGCAUACCUGGAUCUGAGACCACGAUUUAUGAAGAAAUCCAAGGCACUGGAGAGGAGGGCUUUGCACACAUCACUGGUUUGACUGGAGAAGGAACAAGUCAAGGUGAAGGCAGCGUUAUUUACGCCUACACGGACCAACUACAGUUCAAUUAACGUACGAAAGAUUGUAAAAUUUUAAUUGCAUUUUGUGCUUUUAAUAUUUUUAAAAUUAAUUUUUCUCUUCAUUUGUAAAGAAUAAACAAUAAAAAUGUCUGAGCAAUAA